UUGAACAUUAUAUAUUGUAUUGUCCUUAGGGCAAAUAUCAAUGAACAAUAGAUUUUAUUAUUCUCAUCUUAUUCCUCCUCUCUCCCUAUUCUUCUUCUUACAGCUUGGGCCCAGAAAGAUCAAGAUGACGAAGAUUGGUUAAGUUUCCAAGAUGAGGGGGAAUGGUUCCACUAAGAUUGGACCAAGAAAGAUCAAGAUAACUCAGUUUGUGAAGAGAACCAACGAGAGGAGGAAUUUGGGAGCCCUCAAAGUCAUUGAAACUUAGAUUUAAGGUGUGCAAAUGAGUUAAAGACAACAAUGAUGGAUGCAGCAGCUCACCCCUCAAAGCCGUCUCCCACCAAUUAUCGUCUUGGUAGGGAUUUGUAAUUCCAAGGUUGAGCUCGGCCACUCGUACUCUGCCUGUUUUGUUAUAGCAGACUACGCCAGUCCAUGCGCAGCAGUCGUCUCCUUGGGCCUCCUGCCACGAAGACAAGCGGGCGGAAGGAUCUCGGAUGGCGGCUUUGUAAUGCAAGAGAGCAUCUUUCUCCCUCGGCAAGCAUCCCUCGCUGCUCACGCUCGCUUCUACUCCAGCUACCUCCACAAGAAGGAAGGCCAUCAUGAUGAGCCAACAAAGCAUGACAAGAUCAGCUGGAAACUGAUAGUAGCAGCGGUAGUAGUGGGGGUGGUGCAGUGGCCAUGGCUCACGGAAACGGAGUCUGCUUCUCCAGGAAACCAAUGGCAAUGGCAAUGACUAUUUAUAUAUAUUGAAGAAUGAAAUGAAGAGUCUAUUUCCCUCCGCCAUUAAUCAUUAUUGCAAGAAUCAGUCAUCGUGCUCUACUUCUGUGGAAAUUGGCAAUAUAAUAUUCAUCGAUCUAUUAUAGCAACUGGUCCAUUGAUCGAUCGUUUUCUUGUGUGGAAAUUGCGAUAGAUGCUUUUAUUUCCUGCCGCUCAUGAGACGGCCGAAAGAGUGACAAAUUAAUUAAUUAAAUAUACCGC